UCAAUCAAGAAACAGUAUCUAACUCGUGUGAUGUUUGUUAAGUAAAUUCUUUACUUGUAGAAGCGGCAUGACCAGCAGACGCAUAUAAAGACGAAAGAUUAACCAUGCCAUGUAUGGGACAAGUCUAUUAAACGAAAACGUGAGAGGACAGUACGUCAACGCACGUACACAGUUGAGAAGCCAUACACAUACGAUGUUUGAAACAUGUCGUUCAGUCAAAGUUGUAAUUUGACAAAACAUCGACGGACCCACACUGGCGAGAAGCCUUUUGCAUGCGAUGUAUGCGACAUGUCGUUCAGUCAAAGUUGUAAUUUGACAAAACAUCGACGGACCCACACUGGUGAAAAACUAUACGCAUGCGAUGUAUGUGACAAAUCGUUUGCUACAAGUUAUACUUUGACGAUUCACCAUCGGAGUCACACGGGCGAGAAACCAUACGCAUGCGAUGUAUGCGACAAAUCGUUUGCUACAAGUAGCACAUUGAUGUGUCAUCGUCGGACUCACACGGGUGAGAAGACUUUUGCGUGCGAUAUAUGUGAUAAAUCGUUUGCUAAAAGUUACACUUUGACGAUUCACCAUCGGAGUCACACGGGUGAGAAACCAUACUCAUGCGAUGUAUGCGACAUGUCGUUCAGUCAAAGUUGUCAUUUGACAAGACAUCAACGGACCCACACUGGUGAGAAACCAUUUGCGUGCGAUGUAUGUGACAAAUCGUUUGCUACUAGUUACACUUUGACGAGUCACCAUAGGACUCACACGGGCGAGAAACCAUACGCAUGCGAUGUAUGCGACAAAUCGUUUACUGAAAGUAGCACAUUGACAAGACAUCGACGGACCCACACUGGCGAGAAACUAUACGCAUGCGAUGUAUGCAACAAGGCGUUUUUUGAUAGUGGCACAUUGACGAAUCACCGUCGGACUCACACGGGCGAGAAACCAUACGCAUGCGAUGUAUGUGAAAAGACGUUUACUGAAAGUAGCACAUUGACAAGACAUCGACGGACUCACACGGGCGAGAAACCAUACGCAUGUGAUGUAUGUAACAUGUCGUUCAGUCAAAGUGGUCAUUUGACAAGACAUCGACGGACCCACACUGGUGAGAAACCAUUUACGUGCGAUCUAUGCCAUAAGUAAUUUGCUGAAUGUGGCAAUUUGACGAGCGGAAACACGCUUUAGUUCUAUGAUGGGCCGGAUUUAAAGAGGAUAAAUCAGGUCAUCAUAUUAUUUUAGCACUGAAUGUGUCACGUUG